AUGUCCCGCGCACCACCUCAGCCAGCUUACAUCCUGCGGGGUCAUGGCUCCGCUGUCCAGGCCACAUUAUUUAUGCGCCAGAACUCUCGACUGGCAACAGGAGAUGCGGAGGGCUGGGUAGUCAUAUGGGAUCUCGCCAUAAAGCGCCCGACGACAGUGUGGAAAGCCCACGAUGGUUCCCUCUUGGGGAUCGGAGACUGGGCUCAGGACAAGAUUAUCACGCAUGGGAAAGAUAACAAACUUGUGGUCUGGCGGCUCCGAGAUGAGGACGAAGAGACCAUGAGUAAGAUCUUGCCCCUCGAAACGCCUGCGGAUCCCCGAAAGCUACCGUGGUGCCUCUAUGUGCUAAACGUGAACACCAUGAACUUUUGUUCUUUUGCCCAUGUUGAGAUGCCGGCCACAGCGUCUUCGGAAAUUCUUAUAGCAGUGCCCCAUAUACUCACUUCCGAGACUAUUGACAUAUUUCACCUGCCCUCGACCGCUCGAAUGCAUACAAUUCCCGCGUCCCCUGCUUUCAAGGGAGGUAUGAUCAUGGCCCUAUCAAUCUUUUACCACCCGAAAACGGGCCGCCUGAAUGUGAUAGCUGGCUUCGAAAGCGGGCACACUCGCGUCUGGGAGCUUAUCAAUGCCGCAUGGCAGGCUCUCUACUCAGCCCAUCCACAUUCGCAGCCAGUAUUAUCGUUGGCAAUCUCAUCCAAUCGACACAGCUAUGUCACAUCCAGCGCAGAUGCUUUAAUUGCCUGUCACACAAUUCCAGGCUCAGGAUCCGAAAUCCGCACGCAAGGUGGCGAUCGAGAGGCAGGAGAGGCUUCCGCCUGCAAGCUCAUCAACACCAGACAUGCAGGUCAACAAGGCCUACAAACUCGAAAUGACGGUAAGAUAUUUGCAACGGCGGGCUGGGAUGGACGAGUGCGGGUCUAUGCGUACCAGACGCUACGAGAACUAGCCGUGUUAAAGUGGCACCAAAAGGGCUGCUACACCUUGGCUUUUGCGGAUAUCCUAAUGGACUCAAGCCCAGCAUCGAUACAUAAGUUCGAUGCACACGGAACCUCCAUCGCUGCGAGCCUGCCAAGCGACCCGAAUGUUGUGGAACAGGUCCCCCGGGAAAAUCAGGUCAUGCAGAAUUCCUCUGCCGUGAGAGCGCGUCAGGAACGAAUCUGGAAGGCUCAUCACACACACUGGAUAGCAGUUGGUGGAAAAGAUGGCCAGGUCAGCUUAUGGGAUAUCUACUAG